UCAGUGUGGGAAAAUUCUGGCCUGAAGUGAGCCAUUGUUGUGUGUAUAUAAAAUGGGAUCGAUUGCACGUUUUUCCUUGCGCCUAUGCCUUUGAUUUUCCCCCUAACAUUUCCCAUUCAUCAUCUUUUUCAGAGCCCAGGGUUAGGAGGUGUGGAUUCGCGCCAUCAAAUCCAAUUUCCUCUAAACCGAAGCGUCUUCCUGCCUGUAUUAAACUACUGCCAUUUCUGUUUUCCUCGUUUUUUUCCUCUCUCUCUCUCUAUAUAUAUAUAUCUGACCCCUCAAAGAAUACCCAGAAAAAAACCCCAGUUUGUCUUUUUAUUGUUUGGGUUUGUGUAGAUUUGUUAUCACUUUCAAGUUUAUAUUUUCUUGUUUGAAGAUCAUUAAGGAUUAGGGAUUUCUUCCCCCGUUUUGUUUGCAAGUAAAACGAAGAAAAAUAUGGAAAAGAAAAAGGUCGCGGUCUCUCUUUUAUGCCAUGGCCAUUCACGUCCUGUUGUGGAUCUCUUUUACAGCCCUGUUACUCCUGAUGGCUUUUUUCUCAUCAGUGGGAGCAAAGAUUCGUGUCCCAUGCUGAGGAAUGGGGAAACUGGAGAUUGGAUAGGAACCUUUGAAGGCCACAAGGGUGCUGUGUGGAGUGUUUGCUUGGAUUCAAAUGCUUUACGUGCUGCUUCUGCUUCUGCUGAUUUUUCUGCGAAAGUGUGGGAUGCUCUAACAGGUGACGUAGUGCACUCAUUUGAACACAAACAUAUAGUUCGAGCUUGUGCUUUUUCAGAGGAUACACUCCUUUUAUUGACUGGGGGAGUUGAGAAAGUCCUCCGUAUCUAUGAUUUGAAUCGUCCUGAUGCACCUCCAAGAGAAGUAGACAAAUCACCUGGUUCAGUCAGAACUGCUACAUGGAUGCAUAGUGACCAGACAAUAUUAAGUUCCUGCACUGAUAUGGGCGGUGUCAGAUUGUGGGAUGUAAGGAGUGGUAAAAUAGUUCAAACCCUAGAGACCAAAUCAUCUGUGACCAGUGCUGAAGUGAGUCAAGAUGGUCGAUAUAUCACAACUGCAGAUGGAUGUAUGGUUAAGAUUUGGGAUGCAAACCACUUUGGGUUGGUAAAGAGGUACAACAUGCCAUGCACAGUUGAAUCAGCUUCAUUGGAACCGAUUUAUGGAAAUAAAUUUGUUGCUGGAGGAGAAGAUAUGUGGGUUCGUGUUUUCGAUUUCCACACCGGGGAUGAGAUAGCGUGCAAUAAGGGUCACCAUGGUCCGGUACACUGUGUGCGAUUUUCACCAGUAGGGGAGUCAUAUGCCUCAGGAUCCGAGGAUGGAACCAUUAGAAUAUGGCAGACAGGCUCUUUGACACAUGACAGUGAACCGAUUGCAGCACAUGGGUCAAUCGGGAAGGUAAAGCCUUCCACAGAAGAUAUUUCACGCAAGAUCGGUGGUUUACACAUUACAGAAGAUAGCAAGAUCAAAGCGAAAGAAACAGAGAUCGAGCAACAAGGUUGAUUUCGGGCUUUAUCUUCGCAAGCAUAAACCCAUUAGACAAUAUCAUCAAUGUAGUUUUUCAUAUCACACGUAUAGACAGAAUCGGCAUAAUUCAAGUCUUUGGUUCAUUUUACAUUAUGUAGACUAGACCCAAAUGCUUUAUAUAAGCGAUAAAUGAGAUCUCCCUGACAUUGCAUGCAAUUGUGAUAUCU